GUACCCGCCGGCGUUAGCGCCGCUGAUCGCCAAGCGCAGGAAUUUCAAGCAGCUCGAAGACUUCAACACGGGCGGGGGCGAGAAGAGCGCCUACUCCAAGAUGAUCGAGGCCGAGCGCGAUGGCGAGCUGGAUCGGAUCGCGGACGAGGAGGAGCAAUAGUAAUGAGGGUCACGGCAACCAUGCUCGCGCCAAGGGCCCGGCGGCGGUCGCCGUGGCUAAUCGAGGUUGAACCCCCUACGCAGUCAGUUUAAUAGAGUAUCAUUGGUAGCCAGCAUUGCCAGAAAAGUAGGCGGCACCAGUUGGGCAGUCAGUAGUGUCAGUUUCGCCUAGAAUGGCGGAUCCGGGACCUUCGAUAGCCUUCGAGAGAGCCCCGGGCACGCCGAGAUCGCAGUUCGACGGAGAAUUUGGCUCCACUGUUGUAGUUGCGUGCUGUGUUUGCGAAGAUCGCGGAAGAAACAACAGCAUAAAUGAGAAUAUUCUGUGCUCCGCGUGGAUUUUUUGAGUUUGCGCAGCGCUUCCCCUGGCGGCGCCUCCGGCGCCGCUCCUGGCGCGCUCCGCCAGGGAUGGGGGCCCAGCGCCGAUCCAUGAAAUUCGCGCGGUCCUCCGACAAUUUGUGUUCAUGCCGUUAUUUCUUCCUCCUCCAGAAGGGUCCCGCGUCUUGGCCCGGUCUUCUCGCAGCGCCUAUUUUCCAGAUUGCCAAGUCAGUUGGCGCGCGGCCUUUCGUGGGUGAGUGGUCGCGGGCUUCCGUUUUGAGCAGCGGCGCGCAUUGCGGAGAAAGGACG